AUGCCUUUGAUCUGCAUCAAGCUUCAAAAUCCUUGGAAUGAAGCUAAAAUUAGUGGAUUGCGUAUUCUCAUUGAAAGAUUGCUACCAAAAGAACUGAGACAAUCAAUAAUGAAAUGUAUCACUAUUGAGCCAGGAUCUGUUGUCAUUAAGUUACAUAUUCUUGACAUUACAGCUGAUAGUCUAAUAGAAUAUACUGGAGGAAAUUUAUACAUUAAUGACCAUCCUGUCCUUGAAGAAGAUGAGAAUAUGAACUUCACCUUUGAACUAGCUCUUCUUGAGGCAGUCACAGCUGGUAAUAAUGAAAGAGCAGAUUUUCUUUGUACACUUAGACCACCAUUAUCACAAGCUGAGAAGAUACAGACACCAACUCCUAGACUACAAGAAAGCAAUUGUAUAGCAGCUAUUGACUUUGGAACCUCAUCUCUAUCAGUAGCAUAUACCACUCCAACUGAUGAUCAGAUCAGACUGGUACCACUUCACAGCACCCUUGAAAGAGUCCCUAAUGCUAUACUAAUCAUGAAGGACCAGAAGAAUCAACAAUGUGAAGUCAUUGGGAUUGGUAAUAUGGCACAAAGCAUCAUGUACUGCAGUGAUUUAAAGAAAGGUGCCAAAAACUUCAUUUACUUUGAAAGAAUAAAGAAUUUACUAGAAAGAGAUAACUCAGUAAACCGUACUACUGAAGUCUCUUCAUUCACUGGUGGAUCUUAUUAUCUUAUUGAAGUUAUAGCUUUUAUACUAACACAUCUCAAGGAGAAGCUACUGACUGAUGAGCUAAAGGAAGUUUACAAGUCAACUGAUUUUGAUUGGGUCAUUACUGUUCCUGCUAUAUGGAAAGCAAGAGCAAGAAGAAUGAUGAGAGAAGCUGCUUAUAUGGCUGGUCUCACUUCUGAUGCUCCUGGUAUAACAAGGUUCACUCCAGUUGGUUCCCCUUUACCACGUCCAGAGGAGGUUAAUCCUGAGAAGCUAUCAUUAGCUCUAGAACCAGAAGUAGCUGCUAUAUAUGCACAGCAUCAGUCAGAAGUAUCAGGAACACCUCCACAGAGAUAUAUGGUAGUUGAUAUAGGAGGAGGUACAGUUGAUAUUACUGUACAUGAUAAGAGUAACAGGAGAAUUAGUGUAGUACUACCACCAAUGGGCAACACUUGGGGAGGAACAACCAUCAACGAGACACCUACGGCUUUUUAA